AUGUCGCGCGCGCACGCGGAGCACGUCUCCUCCGGCGACCUCGACGCCGAGGCCGCAGCCUGGAACGACGGCCCGGACGGCGAGUGGGGGUCGAGGCUCGGAAGGCUGUGGCGCGGCUGGCCGCGGGCGGCGACGUCGGAGCUGCCGCCGCUCCGCGCGCGCACGGCGACGCGCGCCAACUUUGCCGCGUUUGGAGAGCUGGUCGCCGAGUCGGAGGACGGCGAGCUGUACGACGCGACGGCGGGCGGCAUCGACGCGUCGCUCGACCUCUCGCAGGGUCCGCCUCGGCUGUACCUGAUGCGGCUCGAUGGCCCUCGCGAGCUGAGCGUCUCGAUGAUCACGAGGCACCAACGCGUAACGCAGUGCCUCGGCGCGCUCGGCGAGGAGAAGGACUUCUACCUGGUCGUGCACCAGCCGGGCGACGAGCCGUCCGUCGGCGGCCUCAACGCCUUCCGCGUCCCGCCGCGGCACUUUGUCAAGCUGCACGCCGGCACGUGGCACGCCGGGCCUCUGUGGACGCGCGACGAGCACCGGACGUUCGUGAACCUCGAGCUAGCGGACACGAACAUCACCGACCACGACUGCGUGGACCUGGUCGCCGGCUCCAUCCCCUUGCUUGUUGAUGCCGCCGCAUCUUAG